CCAAAAAACACGACGAAAUCAGAUGGCUCCAAGUAAAAUUACAAUGGGUAUAGUCCUGGCGCUAGUGAUCACCAUGUUUACGACACGAGCCAUGGCUCAAUCUGGUUGCACCAAUGUGCUAAUUGGCAUGGCUUCAUGUCUCAACUAUGUCACUGGGAGUUCCACAACACCAUCUUCUUCAUGUUGCUUAGCACUUGCCAGUGUUGUUAAAUCACAACCACAGUGCCUUUGUACUGCCCUCAGUGGUGGUGGUUCCGCCUUGGGUAUUAACAUUAAUCAGACGCUGGCACUCGCCUUGCCGGCUGCUUGCAAGGUGCAGACUCCGCCUGUUAGCCGGUGUAAUGGUGGUAAUGGACCAGCACUGUCUCCGGUGAGUUCUCCGGAAACUUCACCGGGAGACUCUUCAGAUGAAACUUCUGAUUCUCCAGGUGGCUCGCCCAUGCCAGGAGGAGGAUCAAAAACAGUGCCUGGAAAUGGUGCAACCUCCAAUGGCAGUACUAUAAAGAUGUCCCUUCAGCUCAUUGCCUUCCUCCUGUUCAUGGCUUCAUAUGCUUCAACUUAUAGCAGCAGCCUCUGAGUUUUCUUUGGGAGAUUUGAAGCUGAUUCUGCAAUUUAUAUCUAAAAAUAUACAUGUUUGUGUAAUGUGUGUUUAAUAUUAUCUCUCUCCUCGAGAUUUUCAUGGGUUUUUUAAUGCAGGUAUGAAUUAUCUAA